GCUACUCCUCUCACACUCUCUCACCGCCAGGCCAGCAGCUCACGGCCCUACCUCCGGCGAUGACAGUGUCGCACGCGUCGACCGCGACCAUGUCCUCGAACACUGCCACAACCGACACUAGUGCGGCCGAGCGCGGCGUCGCCGACCACACCCUGCGGCGUCGGUGGUGGCGUUGGCGCGCAAAUAUCACGCCGUGGUCAGAAUUAGCUACGCACAAGUACAAGGGAAGCGGGACGGGCGACGACCCAUUCGUCGUGACCUGGCUCGAAGAAGACGCCGAGAACCCAUACAAUUGGAACGAGGGGUAUAAGUGGUUCAUCACUCUCAUUGUCGCUUUCGGCAUGCUCAGCGUCACGAUGGGAUCAUCGAUCUUGUCAGGGAGCAUCCAGCACGUCAAGGCAGAGUUUCCGGGGCAUCACCCAAUGUCAUACAUCAUGGUCACCGGCAUCUACAUUCUCGGUUUCGUCGUCGGCCCCUUCCUAUGGGCGCCAUGGUCCGAGGUAUUUGGCCGCCGCUCUGCUUUCGUGGUUACCCAGAUCCCCUUCACCGCGUUCGACGCCGCUGUUUGCGGCGCCGGCAACCUCUACGCGCUCCUCCUCCUGCGCUUCUGCGCCGGCAUCUUCGGGUGCUGCGCCAUGACAAACGCCGGUGGAAUCAUCAGCGACAUGUUCCGUGCGCACAAGCGUGGCCUCGCGAUGGGCGUCUUUGGCGCCAUGCCAUGGAUGGGCCCCGUGAUCGGUCCCAUUGUUGGCGGCUUCCUCGGCGACCCUGCCGGGUGGAGGUGGGUCGCCGCCGUCGCCGCCCUCUUCACGGGAUACCUCACGUUUAUGCACCUUGCCUUCCUGCCCGAGACGUACGCGCCCGUUCUCAUGCGUGAGCGGGCGAAGCGGCUCUCCGCCGCCGACCCACAAGGUCGCAUCUACCGCUCCGAACAGGACGUCGCCAAACCCCUCAACACGCGCCAGCUAGUCAUCAACCAGCUAAAGGUGCCCUAUAUCCUGAUGUUCACCGAGCCGAUCGUUUUCAUCCUCAGCAUGUACAUGGCGACAAUUUUCGGCCUGCUCUAUAUGCAGUUUACGAGCUUCCCGAUCGUAUUCCAGCAGCUGCGCGGCUGGGGGCCGGGCAUCGGCGCUCUGGCGUUUCUCGGCAUCUGCGUAGGAUGUAACCUCGCCCUCGUGUACAUUGUUGUGUGGGGCAACCCAAGCUACGCGCGCGCUCUCAAGGAACGCGGCGCACUCCCUCCCGAGGCCCGCCUCCCGUCCGCCAUGGUCGGCGCCAUCAUCCUGCCCGCCGGCCUCUUUUGGUUCGCGUGGACGUGCAUGCCACUCUCGAUCCACUGGAUCGUUCCCAUCAUCGGCACGGUCCCCUAUGGCGCAGGUCUCGUCAUCCUCUUCAUGGCGGUGCAAAAUUACCUCGUGGACGCAUACCUCCCUCUCGCGGCUUCAGUGCUCGCCGGCGGCACUGUCAUGCGCUCCCUCCUCGGCGUUAUUAUCCCGCUGUUCACAAUCGACAUGUAUAACGCGCUCGGGCCGCGGUGGGCGUCGAGCAUCCCCGCCUUCUUGGCGCUGGCCUUCACGCCUUUUCCUUUCAUCCUGCUGAGGAACGGCCAGCGCGUCCGCCGCUGGACAAAGUACGGCCGCGAGGCCGACGAUAUAGUGCAGCGCCUGGCUGCGGCCAAGAUGGCGGCGCGCGAGGCCGAGCUCGCGGAGCGGGCUGAGCACCCCGUUGCUACAAGCGUGCACGAGGGCGCCGGGCCUGGGCUGGACCACCUGAAUCGCGGGGGGGCGCGAAACGCGCUCGACGACGCAGAGCUGGAGAAGGAAAUCGAGGAGGAGAUACAGGAGGCGCACGAAGAGCUCGAGCGUAUUCGCUCGCGCGCGGCCAGUGCCCGCUCCAUGCGCUCCGAAGGCGGCAAGAGCGCGGUCAGCGCGGACACGGAGGUGCUUAGCAUGCACACGGCCAUUGAGGGGCGGCGGACGCCGUUUGAGGCCGCUCUGAGGGAGAAGUAGAGGGGAAGUGCACUGGGUGGAGGUCAUCGGCUUGAGCAAUUGCAUCGAAAGCGGGGGAGAUGUUGUCAUCAUUGCAUGCA